CUUUUCAUUAACCCCUCUCUCUCUCUCACUCUCUCUCUCUCUCUCUCUCUCUCUCUCUCCGUCUCUCUAAUUCAUAAAUUGAUGAAGAUCAGGUGCGACGUCUGCGAUAAAGAAGAAGCGUCGGUGUUUUGCACCGCCGACGAAGCGUCUCUGUGCGGCGGCUGCGACCACCGAGUCCACCACGCAAACAAACUCGCCUCCAAACAUCUGCGUUUCUCUCUCCUUUAUCCUUCUUCCUCCAACAACUCCUCUCCUAUCUGCGACAUCUGUCAGGAGAAAAAAGCUCUGUUGUUUUGUCAACAAGAUAGGGCCAUUUUAUGCAAAGAUUGUGAUUCAUCGAUCCACUCUGCGAACGAACACACCAAGAAACACGAUAGGUUUCUUCUCACAGGGGUUAAGCUCUCUGCCACAUCAUCUGUUUACAAACCCACUUCAGAGUCUUCUUCUUCUUCAAGCAGUCAAGAUUGUUCUGUCCCUGGAUCAUCAAUCUCUAAUCCUCCUAUCAAGAAACCUCUAUCAUCUCCUCAGAGCAACAACUCCAAGAUCCAACCUUCUUCUAAGGUCGAUGCAGCUUUGAAUCAGUGGGGAUCAACAAGCACUAUUUCAGAGUAUCUGAUCGAUACGUUACCUGGAUGGCACGUUGAGGAUUUCCUCGAUUCCUCUCUUCCUCCUUUUGGUUUCUCCAAGAGUAGUGAUGAUGAUGGAGUGUUACCAUAUGUGGAAGCAGAAGAUGACAGCACUAAGAAAAACAACAACAAUACAGUGUCACUUCCAUCUAAGAAUUUGGGGAUUUGGGUCCCUCAGAUUCCACAAACCAUUCCUUCUUCAUACACAAAUCAGUACUUUUCUCAAGACAACAACAACAAUAUUCACUUUGGGAUGUACAACAACAAAGACACAUUACCAGAAGUACAGACCUAUGCUCCAAUACAAAACAUGAAACAAGGUCACAACAAGAGAUGGUAUGAUGAUGGUGGCUUCACUGUCCCACAGAUUACCACUUCUACUUUCACUCAUCCUCCUUCUCUUCCUUCUAACAAAAAGUCCAGAUCUUUCUGGUAAUUCAGAUGGCUGGCUUUUUUCUUUUGUUUGUUUUCUUGCCCUUUUUAUUUCUCUGAACUGCGGUCUUUGAUAGAAUUAGGUCUUUUUUGGGUCCUGUCUUUUGUAAAUUUUGGGUGUGAUUGAGGUUGCGGUUUUAAUCUUUGUAAUAAUCCUAUAUUCUCUUUUGGUUAAGCAAAUGUUCUUCCUUA